AUGGACCAACAUCAGUCCAUCGAUAGCGAAAUGACACCAGAGACUCAUAAAAAUAAUGCCGGAAUCGCAUCAGAAUACACAACUGGAAAUGAUGGUCGGUCAUCGCGAUCGGACUCGUCAGAUAGUGCUGGCUCUCUUCGAAGCGCAGCUUCACAAAGGCCCGAUGAGUAUUCCGUGGGUGAAUGUUUGAACAACGAUGAACUUGCGACGACUUUAUCUCAUCGACGGAGCUAUGCCUCUGGCCAUGAAGGUGCCGAGUGGGCGCAGAUCGAGCGAUUGAUCUCACGCAUGUUUGGGCAUGAGCGAAAGGCCAAUUCUGAGGAAGAGCAGACUAGACAUAUUGGCGUCAUUUGGAAGAAUCUCACAGUGAAAGGUUUGGGUCUGGGAGCAGCGCUCCAACCUACCAAUGGAGACAUAUUUCUUGCCCUGCCGAGGCGCAUCAAGGGACUGUUUACUAGAGGAAGGAAGCGUGUUGGAGCUGGGAAACCAGAGAUACGGACUAUCUUGGAUGAUUUCACGGGGUGCGUGCACCCCGGGGAGAUGCUUCUGGUUCUAGGACGGCCUGGGUCAGGAUGCUCAACGUUUCUGAAAGUGGUCGGGAAUCAAACAUAUGGCUAUGAGAGUAUCGAAGGAGAUGUUCGAUAUGGAGGGACUGACUCUACCACUAUGAAGAAGAAGUAUCGUUCAGAAGUAUCUUACAAUCCCGAGGAUGAUCUUCACUAUGCCACGUUAACGGUGCGGGAUACGUUGCUAUUUGCUCUCAAAACCAGAACCCCAGGUAAAGCGUCACGUAUCCAAGGUGAAAGUCGAAAAGAUUAUCAACAAACGUUUCUUUCGGCAAUCGCCAAACUCUUUUGGAUCGAACAUGCCCUUGGAACUCGAGUUGGAAAUGAGUUGAUCCGCGGAAUCUCGGGAGGAGAGAAAAAAAGAGUCUCAAUUGGUGAAGCGAUGGUAACAAAAGCCAGCACUCAAUGCUGGGAUAACUCCACCAGGGGCCUCGAUGCAAGCACCGCCCUCGAAUACGUCCAGAGCUUGAGAAGUCUCACCAAUACUGCCCAUGUCUCAACAUUAGUAGCUCUUUAUCAAGCCUCUGAGAAUCUUUUCAAUCUUUUUGAUAAGGUGAUUCUGAUUGAAGGUGGGAAGUGUGCAUUCUUGGGACGUACCGAAGACGCGAAAGCCUACUUUGAAAAUCUCGGCUUCGAGUCUCCUCCGCGUUGGACAACCCCUGAUUUUCUGACAUCAGUCAGUGAUCCUAAUGCAAGAAGAGUGAAACCUGGAUGGGAAGAUCGGAUCCCGCGAACUGCCGAGGAGUUCCAAGCUGUAUACCGGGAAAGCGAUGUUUUCAAAGCAACGCUUGCAGACAUCGAAAGCUUCGAGGAUGAGACUGAAACUCAGAAGCACGAGAGAGAGGCUGCCAGAAGUAAAACGACCACAAAGAACUAUGCUGUUCCAUUCUGGAAGCAGGUUGCAAUCCUCACACAUCGGCAGUUUCUUGUCAUGUUGGGCGAUAGAGCCGCUCUAGUUGGCAAAUGGGGCAUGCUCGUCUUUCAAGCUCUAAUUGUCGGAAGCCUGUUCUAUAAUCUCCCAGACACCAGCUCUGGAGUCUUUACUCGAGGGGGUGUGAUGUUUUUUAUCCUUCUGUUCAACGCCCUACUUGCACUCGCUGAACUUACAGCUGCGUUUGAGAGCAGACCUAUCCUGAUGAAACAUAAAAGCUUCUCUUUUUACCGACCCGCAGCAUAUGCUCUGGCACAAGUUUUCGUGGAUGUUCCAUUGGUAUUCAUACAAGUGGUACUCUUUGACAUCAUCGUUUACUUCAUGGCAAAUCUCGCACGAACGGCUUCCCAGUUUUUCAUCAACCUGCUUUUCAUCUUUAUACUCACGAUGACUAUGUAUUCAUUCUUCCGCUCACUCGGGGCGCUGUGUGCAUCAUUGGAUAUUGCUACGCGUCUCACCGGAGUUGCAAUCCAAGCGCUGAUUGUCUACACUGGAUACCUGAUUCCGCCGUGGAAGAUGCACCCAUGGCUUAAGUGGCUUAUUUGGAUUAACCCAGUUCAAUACGCAUUCGAAGGGUUGAUGGCAAAUGAAUUCCACAAUCUUGGAAUCAAGUGCGAGCCGCCAUACAUUGUACCCGAUGGACCCAAUGCAUCUUCGUCUCAUCAAAGCUGCGCGAUCCAAGGGAGCAGCCCGGAUAGCUUGGUUGUACAAGGAUCUAACUACAUCAAGGCUGCAUACACAUACUCUCGGUCUCACUUGUGGCGAAAUUUCGGUAUCAUCGUAGCUUGGUUUCUUUUCUUCGUCUUUUUGACCAUGCUUGGCAUGGAGAUCCAAAAACCCAACGCAGGUGGGAGCUCUGUCACCGUGUUUAAAAGAGGCGAGGCACCGAAAACUGUCGAGAAAGCAAUAGAAGGGAGAAGACCAUCAGCAGAUAUGGAAUCGGCCGAGAAAGAUGGGCCAUCUUCAGGCAUCCAUGAUGACGAGAGCGAUCCAAAGGUCGAGGACAUCGCAAAGAAUACGUCGAUCUUCACAUGGCAGAACGUGAAUUACACAAUCCCUUACAAGGGUGGACAGCGGAAGUUGCUACAGAGUGUGAAUGGAUUUGUGAAACCUGGGCGAUUGACGGCGCUGAUGGGUGCAUCGGGUGCAGGGAAAACGACACUGCUUAACGCGCUAGCUCAGCGAAUCAACUUUGGCGUUGUUACCGGAAGUUUCCUGGUUGAUGGAAAACCACUUCCCAGAAGUUUUCAAAGGGCAACAGGUUUUGCCGAACAGAUGGACAUACAUGAACCCACAGCCACGGUCCGAGAGUCUCUACGGUUCUCUGCUCUGCUACGGCAGCCAAACGAGGUUCCCCUGCAAGAGAAAUAUGGCUACUGCGAGAAAAUCAUCGAUCUGCUAGAGAUGCGAUCAAUCGCAGGGGCUACCGUUGGAUCUCAUGGGUCUGGUCUAAACCAAGAACAGCGCAAGCGUCUCACUAUUGCAGUAGAGCUGGCCAGCAAACCAGAGCUGCUUCUCUUCCUGGAUGAGCCUACCUCUGGUCUCGACUCACUGGCAGCGUUCAAUAUUGUCCGUUUUCUCCGACGACUUGCCGAUGCCGGUCAAGCAGUUCUUUGUACCAUUCAUCAACCAUCGGCCGUUCUGUUUGAGCAAUUUGACGAACUGCUUCUGCUCCAGAGCGGUGGAAGAGUUGUGUAUAAUGGUGCUCUGGGUUCGGAUUCCAAAACAUUGAUUAAUUAUUUCGAGCGCAAUGGGGGCAAGAAAUGCUCUCUGAAUGCAAAUCCGGCAGAGUAUAUGCUCGAAGUUAUCGGCGCUGGAAAUCCCGAUUACAAAGGACAGGACUGGGGUGAUGUGUGGGAAAACUCCCCUGAAUCUAAAAAGCUUUCUGAUGACUUGGAGAACAUUAUCAAUUCUCGCCGGAGCCGGCAGCAGGAUGAGGUCACCAAAGAUGAUCGAGAGUUCGCUAUGCCUCUGUACGCUCAAAUAGUUGCAGUGACCAAGAGGGCCUUUGUGGCUUAUUGGAGGCUCCCAAAUUAUAUUCUUGGAAAAAUGAUGCUUCACAUCUUUACGGGCUUGUUCAACACCUUUACAUUCUGGCAUUUGGGGAACAGCUAUAUUGACAUGCAGUCAAGACUUUUCUCCAUCUUCAUGACCUUGACCAUUUCUCCACCUCUCAUUCAACAGCUACAGCCACGGUAUCUGCAUUUCCGGGGCAUCUACCAAUCGCGCGAGUCAAACUCUAAGAUUUAUUCCUGGGUUGCAUUUGUAGUGAGCACUAUUCUCCCAGAGUUGCCGUAUGCCAUUGUUGCCGGAUCUGUCUACUUCAACUGCUGGUACUGGGGCGUUGGAUUCCCACGGGACUCUUUCAGCUCGGGUUAUACCUGGAUGAUGCUUAUGCUAUUUGAAUGCUUUUACAUCGGACUCGGUCAAUUCAUUGCAGCUUUUUCGCCAAAUGAGCUUUUCGCAUCCUUGCUCGUUCCCUCAUUCUUCACUUUCGUCAUUUCCUUCUGCGGUGUCGUCGUACCUUAUGCCGCUUUGCCGCACUUUUGGCAGUCGUGGAUGUACUGGCUCACCCCGUUCCACUACCUACUCGAGGGUCUCCUGGGUGUACUUACACAUAAUGUUCCCGUUCAGUGUGUCGAGCGAGAAGAGGCAUUUUUCAGUCCACCGCCUGGCUUGACUUGUCAGGACUAUGCGGGUCCAUAUGCGCAAAAGUCCGGCGGCCGUGUCCGCGAUGCUGGAAAUGGCUUGUGCGCAUUUUGCCAAUACUCCACGGGAGAUCAAUUUACUGCCGCUUUCAACGUCUUCUACUCUCACAAGUGGAGAAACUAUGGAAUAUUUUGGGCAUUCGUCAUCUUCAACUUCAUUGCUGUGUUUUUCUUUUCUUGGCUAUAUCUCCAUGGAAUCAGGGAUCUGAAGCGAUGGCUUAGCGAGCGCAAGACAAGAAAGAUCAAGAAAGCCGCAAACUGA